GAGAGAAAGAGUCAAGGCUCUCUUGGUGACAAGUGUACACUAUGUCAUGAGAAAGUAUAUUUGCUGGAACGACUGAUGGAGAACAAUAAACUCUACCACCGUACAUGCUUCAGACAAAGUGACCUAUCUCCCACCAGCAAGAUAUACACACGCCCGAUAUCACCUGGUGGCCCCAAACCACGCCGUGCUAGGGACAGUGAAAAAUCUGGUAAUCUUGUUGCUAGAUUGAAUGAAUUGAAAAAAAGUACUGCUUCUAUCAAUCGUUGUGUUGAUCAGAAGAGAAACAUUGGCCCUAUGCCAGUAUGGAAACAGUCCCAUUCAGACAUGGAAUCUGAUUCUCCAGGCACAGGUAUGCCAAGGGAAGAAUUAUCACACAAAGUGUCACCAGUUAGGAACCUCGGUGAGAAUCAAAAUAUUGUGCACAUGGACACAUCAGUGAGGGACAAGUCCCCUGUGUCCCCGGGGUCUCCUGUGUCUCCUGGGGCUAAACCCAAAGCCAAGCCUAGGGGCAGUAUCAAAUCCAAAGAGGAUGUAAAAUCAGUCAAGAAGGAAAGUGUCAAAGCUCCUCCCAGGAAAAAAACUUUUAAAUCAUCUGACACAUCCUCUAAUGCCGAUUCUCCACGUGCACCUGCCUUACCAACUUCCACACCUCCCUCAUUACGACUGGCUGGAGACUUCCAAAGUCCUACUUCCCCUUCUCCGAGGCCUGUUCUCAACAAAAAAGGUCCACCACUGGAAACUCUGCCACCUUCCACAACAGCCAAACAUUCCUCAGAACUGAAUUCUUCUCAUAAACCCAGCUCUCCCCAUUGCUUCAAAUAUCCUUCAAAUUCUGAAUCUCCCAGGGAAACCUCAACAUCUUCAGUGAAUCUCAAAACUGACAGAAAAAUUCAUUCAAAGAUUGAAGAAGAGGAUCUUAUGAUAGACAAUGCACCACGCAAGCCUCCCAGAUCUCUACCAAGGGGAACAACUCCAAGGGAUGUGGAGCAAGCUGUGAAGUUAUCAGACCAUGGUUUCUUUGGCACAGUCAGCCCAGGGACAAAGAAGGGUCACAGUGAUAAUGUGCUAUCAGACGAUGGUUCCUUUGGCACAGUCAGCCCAGAGACAAAGAAGGAUCCCAGUGAUAAUUUGCUAUCAGACCAUGGUUCCUUUGGCACAGUCAGCCCAGAGACAAAGAAGGGUCACAGUGAUAAUGUGCUAUCAGACCAUGGUUCCUUUGGCACAGUCAGCCCAGGGACAAAGAAGGAUCCCAGUGAUAAUGUGCUCAGUGGACUACUCAAGAAUCUAGCAAAUGUAAGAUACAAAGGGGAUAGUGCUAAUUCCUCAAAACACAAUGACAAACUUGCCGAUCUAAAUACAUCAGAUACAUCUGACAGUGAUCGGCCAGUAACAUUGUCUGGCAGAGCAAAGCCUCGUGUCAUGAAACGGGCAGUGAUAACCAGCAGCAAAAUCGAGGUCAUGUCUGUAGUGAAGGAUGUCAAGGGGAUGGAAGGGCCCACAAAGCAAGCUGGAAAAAGAGAUAAUGGCAUCAAGACAAGUGAAAUCAAAUCGGGAGAGAACGUCCCUGCUUGGAAUAGUCGUAGGAAUGUGCAGGCCAAGACGGACAAGAAUGGUGGAAAAAACUACAGCAGAUCGAGGGAUGAGGACAAAACCAGUAAAUAUGUAGAAAAUAAUUUGGCUAUUAACUGUCAGGCUGAUCAGACAACUAAUAAAGUAAAAGAUCGACCCGCUAGACCAAAAACACCAGAAGUUUUGUCCAGAAAACAUAUCAAGGAUAAUGUAAGGGUGUCGUCCGGGCAGAUAGAGAAAAAGAUAGCCAACCGAGGCACUGAGCCACAACCUGGUGCACACAGAAUUGAGAUAGGUAAACCAAUUGUUACAGAGAACAAACAGAAAUCUACUAAGAAACCAGAAGUAAAAAGCAAACUUUCACCAAUUCCUUCUGAGAUCAAUACAGCCAGGGAACAGAGACAAAAUUUAAAGAAAAUUACUGUUGAUGUGAAAUUUAAUUUUGAAGAAGCCGGUUCUAAGCAGGAGAGCCCUAAAUCUCCUCCUCCUCCUCCUCGCCCCCCUCAGCCCUCACCUCAUGAUAUUAAGGAGCCGAGGCGGUCCAUCAAGAAACACAGAUCCCCAAACUCUCCAAGAUCAACUGGCUGGCUCAAAGAU